AUGCCUAAGAGCUUUAAGAUGCCGCAAAAAUGGAUGUGUCCGGAUUGUAUAAGUAAACAGCCGCGUAAAGACAAUUCGGAUACGCCAAUUAAGGUGCUAACAGAUCUUAAUAAAAGCGAAUCUUCAGCGUCUUCACCAUUAGAGUAUUGUGACUCUGAUGACAAAUGGUCACAAAUUAUGCAGGAACUUAAAUCCGAAAUAAUAUCAAUGCGCCAAGAAAUUAAUAACUUUAGCGCAAAAUUUGAUAAAGUUUAUACGGCGGUAGGCGAUUUAUGCAAGCGAGUCGACUGUAUGGAACACAGAUUAGAUGCACUUGAGCAACAAAAAAAUUGUGAGCCACCUUCAAAUGGUAGUAAUGAAAUUAGUGAAAUGAUGGAAUGUCUUAAAAUGGAGCUAAAUAACCGUGACCAAGAACAACUUCUUAUGGAUGUAGAAAUUUCCUGCCUCCCAGAAGUUAAAGGCGAAAAUCCGACACACCUCGCUAUUCUUAUUGAAACUUCGAAAAACUGGCUGUGA